AAAUAGCAAGCGUCCUCGGGCGGCACUUUAGGGCACUUACUUGCGCAUGUCCGCAUCGCUGCUUGUGGUGCCCGUUGCAAGAUGAAUGCCGAUGUGAACAGAAAAGUUAUGGCGAUCCAGGCGAAAAAGAAACGUUCUAAGGGACCCAAGUCUAAGCUCAAAGGCCGUGCCGACGCAUCUGACAAGAGAAGGGGUGAGUCUCAGUACAACGACUAUGCCGCGGAAGACGAAGAGGAGGAAGAGGAAAUCCUGGGCUCUGACGAUGACGAGCAGGAAGACCCUCGAGACUACUGCAAAGGAGGCUACCAUCCCGUCAAGAUUGGCGACCUAUUCCAUAACCGGUACCACGUGAUUCGUAAGCUGGGCUGGGGCCACUUCUCCACUGUCUGGCUAUGCUGGGACCUAAUAGCAAAACGAUUUGUAGCAUUAAAAGUUGUGAAGAGCGCAUCGCACUACACGGACACGGCCUUGGACGAAAUCAAGCUUUUGAAAGCGGUGCGAGAGAGCGACACGGACGACAGCUGCAGGGAGAGGGUGGUUCAGUUGCUGGACGACUUCAAGAUUUCUGGCAUCAAUGGCACGCACAUGUGCAUGGUGUUCGAAGUCCUGGGCCACAACCUCCUGAAGCUGAUAAUCCGCUCCAACUACCAGGGCAUUCCAUUACAAAAUGUCAAGACCAUUAUCAAGCAGGUGCUAGAAGGGCUGGAGUACCUGCACAGCAAGUGUCAGAUCAUCCACACAGACAUCAAGCCUGAGAACAUCCUGAUCGCCGUGGAUGAGGCCUACGUCAGGAGGUUGGCCUACGAGGCUACUCAGUGGCAGAAGAUGGGCUUGCGGCUGCCGGGGUCUCUGGUGAGCACUGCGCCAAAGGAGCUACGGAUGAGCAGUGUCCAGGACACCUCGAGCGGCAGCUCCAAGAUGUCCAAGAACAAGAAGAAAAAGCUUCGGAAGAAGGCCAAGCGGCAGCAGGAGCUCCUGGAGCGGCAGAUGCAGCAGCUGGAAGAGCUGGAGAUGGAAGAGGGGAACAAUAAGGAAGAUGGGGAGGAAGAAAGGAAAGUGGGAGAGAAAGAAGUGGGAACGAGUAAGACGCUCAACGGAGGGGGCGCCACCAGCGGCAGCGCGGUCGAGAGGUCCGUUCGGAUGGAAGAAGAGGACCGCAACGACACAGAGAUGGGCUGGAACGGUGCAGAAUGUGGCGACCCCUCCUGGGCACUCGGGGGACGGUUGUCAGACGUGUGCAACGGGCACGGUGGGGACGGAAACCCGUCCCUCUCCAACAACCUCGAACCACGCCAGAGGACGGGUAACAAGCUGGAGCGGUCCGAGUCCACGUUGGCACCGCCCGCCUCUGGUGGCGGAGAACUGCGGCGGGUCGCCUCCUGUCCAGAGAACCAGAAGGCUGUUGAAAGGCUGCCUGAUCCAGUACAUGAAGUGUGUAAUAUAUCUGUAAAAAUUGCCGAUUUAGGAAAUGCUUGCUGGGUGCAACACCAUUUUACGGAAGACAUCCAGACGAGGCAGUAUAGGUGUCUAGAGGUGCUCCUGGGUGGUGGCUACGGCACUCCGGCGGACAUCUGGAGCACAGCUUGCAUGGCCUUUGAACUGGCGACGGGAGACUACCUGUUUGAACCUCAUUCUGGUGAGGACUACACGAGAGACGAGGACCAUUUGGCUCACAUAAUUGAGCUGCUCGGAGAAAUUCCACGUCACAUUGCAUUCUCUGGAAAGUACUCGCGCGAGUUCUUCACCAAGAGGGGAGAACUGCGGCACAUCAGCAACCUGAAGCCCUGGGGCCUCUACGAGGUCCUCACCGAAAAGUACGAGUGGCUAGCCGAGGAUGCCCGAGCUUUUGCGGACUUUUUGCUCCCGAUGCUGGCGUACGACCCCGCCCAGCGCGCACGUGCCUCUGACUGCCUCCAGCACCCGUGGUUGGCCGACUCCUCCUCUUCCCCUUCCCCUCACUCGCCUUCCCCGCAGUCAGCCUCCUCCAGGAAUUCCAAUCCAACCACAAAGACCCCUCCCCUAGCAAAGCUGCCCACGCAACAGCAGCGCCACCACGGUUCCUCUUCCCCGUCAACCUCCCCAUCCUCGUCUGCCUCCUCGUCAUCCUGAGGGAAAAAGGGAAGAGGUCUCUCGAGGGAGUGAGUGCAGGAAAGAAAAGACUUCUGACAGUGACUUGACGGUUUUUCUGCUUUUUUUUUCUUUUUUUUUUCUCGACUGGUGAUGUGUGUGGAGCUUGGGUGAUUUCGACACCCUCGUGUAAGCGGAGGAGAGAGACACUAGCGCUUUAAGACACAUUUAUCUUUUUUAAACAGAGAAAAAGAGACAACGGGCCUCUAAGGUACUUUUUUUUUUCUUUUUGAGGGAUCCGGCAGGAGGAGGGAAGUUAGGUGAACCAACGUACAUGCGAGCGAGAGUCAGGUCGUCGUCCCUUCGGGGGUGAAAAAAAAAAUAAAAGAGAAGAGUUUUAUACAUUUUGUUUGAUCAGGUUGAGUGGGGUACGGACAGACGGACGGACAUAUACACCUGCAUCCGAUGUUCUCCCGGUAUUAGCAGCUUCGUAGGGCCUCCCCAAUUCGAAGUAUGUACACUUUUUGCUGGCAUGGAAAAGGGUGUGCACUCGGCUGAAUUUUGACUGUGCAAGUGUGUUGUGCCUCAAAAUAUACAGUGUAGCGGUGCUUGUAUUCAAUAACGAGGCAAAACGGGGGGAAAAGCACGCUCGGAGGGUUGUCGUUAAGGCAUUGGUUAUUUUCGCACCAGUAAGAAGGGCGGUGAAAGUACCUGUACCCUUGGCAGAGGUGUGCAAAUUUUUUUUUUCUAGGUACAGAGAGCGAGUUUCAAGGUGUGCGUGAAGCACACUUUCCUUGGGAGCGAGUGUGAUGAUUCUUUUCCUUUUUUUUGUGAGGACUGUGCUGUUCUUUUGUUUGCACCUGAAAUUUUCAUUAGCCAUAGUCCAAUGUUCCUCCCCCCCCCCCCCUUUUUUUUCUAUCUUACCGAUAAAUUGCAUUUGUGGAGUGAGUGACAUGACUUGAGCGCGCUUUGGAAUGUGCAGUUUCAAACCAUGUUCCACUGCUUUCUUUCUUUUAACUUAUUCUGUUUUGUUUUUUUUUUACUUCAAAGUUCAGAUUCCACCUACGAAUAAAUUACCUGCCAAAGAUUUGUGUGUCACAACAUUUUGUUCUUUUGUGCUUUAGGAAAAAAGUGGUUUGUCAGCAGUUAAAGUGCUUCAAUUAGUAUUAGCUUGGCUUGGUUGAGCUUUGUUUGGCUUGCUAGCCUGGCUUUGCUUGACGAAAUUUUAUCACAUGGGUAGCAAAAUGCCACGCGUAUUUGUACAGCAUCUGGUGUAUUUCACAUAUGCUACUAGCAAAAGCUUAACCUAUAGGGCAUUAAAGGAAACCUGCUAAACGAGUCAUUUUCAACUUUAGAUCUUAACUGCUUCUGUGAAAUGGCAUCUUGUUUUUGUAAAUCAUUAGUCUGUUUUGUUCUGCAGGUCUGAGGACAUCCCAGUGUACUUUUAUUUAUACAGUAUGUUACUGAUGUGUGCUUCUGUGUGAAGUUAACGUGAGAUAUGUUGUCAAAUAAAGAUAGCACCCACACUUCUUUUCUGUCAAGCACUUUACAGCAUGUUGCAAGCAUGACAGGAACAAGUGUACGGAAGGGUGGUUAAUAUCUUGUCCAGGG